AUGUCUACACACGCUAACGUUAGCGGAGGAGGGGACGCUAGCAGCAACAGCGCGGGCGCAGGGGGGGAAGGCAGCACUAGCAGCAGUCCAGUUGGGAACACCAAUGGGGGUACAACCGAGUCCUCGGGUGCUGGGGACAUUGCUGGAACCUCACUAGCAUUCACAACAGAAAUGUCUCCACCGCCGACGGUUCCACCAGCCAACCCCGUCACCCCAAUAAACCUUAUGGAUACGUGCGCUGUGUGUAAACAAAGUCUCCAGACCCGUGACUGUGAACCCAAACUCUUACCGUGUCUUCAUUCAUUUUGCUUGAAAUGUAUCCCCCAGCCAGAGCGACAAGUUACCGUACAGGUGCCCGGGCCGAACGGACAGCCAGACACCCACAUAGGUGAGUGUAGCCCUUGAUCAUGACUCUCAGUUCCAUCACAUUAGUCAUUGGACGAAGGCUUCUUCUGUAGGGGGGAGUUUUGUCAGCCAGACACCCACAUAGGUGAGUGUAGCCCUUGAUCAUGACUCUCAGUUCCAUCACAUUACAGUCAUUGGACGAAGGCGUCUUCUGUAGUGGGGAGUUUUGUCAAGAGUCGCGACGAUCGGUCUUAACAUUAACACACAUCACUUGCGACACGGUUUUGAAAGUAUAAGGACUUUAUCUUCCAUAUCGGCGAUAAAUAAUAAUAACACACCUUUUUAUAGGGUUAGGGUUCCCACACGGCCAUAUUUCCAUGUUACAGCGCUUGUUUACGGAAAACAGAGUGGACUGACUACCUGUGCUAAUUAUCUAGCUAUCUGCAUCUCCGAACACCUGUGUGUAAACGGAAGACGGAUGCCACAAACGUGUUGUCACUGAAAAAUACUGUCGGCUGCAACUGUGUUAAAACCGUGUACAGUAAGUGUGUAUUUUGCAUUUGUGAAAAUAUUUUAUAUGAAAGUAAAGAAUGUUAUGUUCCUAGAACCGUACCGCAAUUGAGAAUCGAUGCACGUUAAGAUUGAGUAUUUGUCUGUUUUGGCUUCCAGAUCAAAUUCGCCCUUUAAACAGAACAUGCAAGGUCCUUGGACUAAGGAGUAACGUUAGGCUCCUUUAGUCCAAUAUUGGGCAAAGGUGAGUGUAGCCUACUUGAUUGAAGUGGUCAUAGAUUAUUUGUACCAGCAAUUGUGUAUAAACAUUGAGUACCAGGCAGCAGCCCAAUGGUCAGCAAGCGUAAUGACAUGCAAAUAAAUCGACUUGAUGGAAAGUUUCAGGAUAAUAUUGUUUUUCAUUAAUUACUAGAUGUCAUAUGGAGAUAGAUAUAUUACUCACAUUGUGACUCAUUACAAUAAUGAUUCACAUUGGGCCUAACCUAGCUAAUAAUGGGAGUGCAACAUAGCAUACUGAAUAGUCAACAGCCCCUGGGCCUGAUAGGUCUAUGCCAGAAGAGUAUUCAUAUUGAAUAUCACGUGCCCCACGGUAUAAUUAUUUUCAGUUUGUCUUAUCUGUAAAGAGCCUUGGCCUAAGACCCAAAAUUCAGUUUCUCCAUCCUUCCUCAAGGUGGGAAGUUUGUCCAUCCAUAGAGCAUUAUCCUUGCAUGACAAUUACACCAGAACUACUAUGCCCACAUAAAGACAAGCCACAUUCAUAUUUGGUAAGCCCCCAAAAUUCUGUUAUGGUGUGGCUUUGGGACCGGGUGACGUGAUUGUUAUAAGUUUGUGCAUGUCUUCAGACAGAACACACAUUUUGUUUUACUUCUGUUAGCAAGGCUUCCAGGAGUAAAAAUGUUGGAAGAUCGGUGGAUAUGGAAAAGAGCUUGUUUUCUGUCAAAGGACGUUCAAAUGAUAAAUCUCAGAUCUUCAAGUCUGAGGGGCUCUUUGAGCCCACCACUAUGGCAACCAAAUAACCUACCCGGCUAUGGGUCUGUCUGCGGUUGAUAUGGGAAAGAUGCAAUGAUCCAUUUCUCAAAUUGAUCCAUGUGGAGUAGGCCAAACAAUGUGAGAGGACAUCCAUGUGAGAUUGGACCUUAAAGAUAUAGGCCUAUAACGCCAUUGACAAAUCAAAUGACUGAUGAAACAUUGUGCUCUUGGUUGCUUGCUGGGAAGAAAUCAUAUGUUUUCCAGCUAUACUAAUUCAAGUCAUUUAGCAGAUUUUUCCAGUUCAGAUUUGAUUCACAUAGACAGUUAUGUCCAAAGAAGUCAACCAACCAACUUUUUCCAGCUUGCAAUAAUGAUUAGGCCCAUUUCUGACUAGGCAAGACUUUGGAUUACUAUUUACUUUUACUCUAUCAAUGGUCAAUUCUAGUAAACCCGUUCUUGAUACAUUAACCCUAGGCUAACUAUUGACAUUCAGAACUCAUUUACAGACAUUUUAUGGGUAAGUUAUUAAGGCCUAGGUUAAGAUCAUGGGCAACCAAGAACACAUAAUUCCAGCAUUAUUUCUGGCAUGAAAUCAAGGUAAAAUGUUUCCCAUUUUAGUUGUGACCUAGUUCUUCACCUUCUAUUGGUGGACACUUGAUAAUGGCCCAGGAACACUACCCUUUCUGCUUGUCAGCACCCGUUGCGUUCUGGAAGAUGCCAUUAUGACACUUCAGCCUACACCUAGCCUAGUCUGGUCCUCCUAGAUCUUUUUGUGCGUAUUGCAGCCAACCCCUAUGGUCAUUGACGUACCAAAGUUUUGGCAUUGACAAUUACCAUAGUGGUUGGCUAUACACUCCCGAGUGGCGCAGCGGUCUAAGGCACUGCAUCUCAGUGCUUGAGGCGUCACUACAGACCCCCUGGUUCGAUUCCAGGCUGUAUCACAACCGGUCGUGAUUGGGAGUCCCAUAGGGCAGCGCACAAUUUGCCCAGCGUCGUCCGGGUUAGGCCGGUGUAGGCCGUCAUUGUAAAUAAGAAUUUGUUCUUAACUGACUUGCCUAGUUAAAUAAAGGUUAAAUAAAAUGUUUUUAAAAAAUACACCCAAACUGAAAUGGGACCAGGCUACGCCUUGCCUAUUCAAUGCCGAUGGCAUUUUGGGCACUGUGGUCAGAACUACCCAAGGGCUGUGCUUUUUUCUUUUAAAUUAUUAAGACCCACUUUGUCUUAUCAACAUGGCUAAGAUCGGAUGAAUUCAAUGCAAAACAUAAAUACAGAAGCCUAAAUAAGAGCAGUAGACUUAGGCCUAACUGUUUACAAUGCCUUCAUAUAUUUAUUUAUGUGUGCAAAGUCUACAAAAAAGAACAAAAUCGCCACUUGGUUUGGUAUAGCCUACCUACAGCUGAGGGAUUGGGUUGGGGGAAACUCGAAUUCAACGAUUGAACUAUGGAUGCAAGGAAUUGCAGUUCAUGAGAUCGAUAUCAUGGUUUUAAAAAUAUUUUGAAGCUAUACAUUGUUUAUUUACAAAUUAAGUGUUAGGCCAAUCAUACAACAUUAUAUUUGGGGUUAUUUGCCUUGCCCUCAUAAAUCGCUUAUGUGAAUGUGGCAUUUGUGGUUUAGAUUUCAUGUAGACCAGUAAGCCUAACUGUAGCUGGAGGGCCUAACCAUUGAAUAAACAAACAUGUGGACUAAUGGUACAAAAUUGUCAGUGUCAUCCACAUAUAGGCUACUAAAAAGGUCAGACAUGACCGGUGCCACAAAAUUAGGCUAUGCCUAUUUAAUGUUGGCUGUCUUAGUUUUCCCCUAGUCUGAUAGCCAUGUUACAAUUUCAGACAUUCAUGCAUGAAAUUCUGCCUCACCUGUUAUUUAGGUCAUAUAAACAGUAUAAUGUAACAAUAACCAACCAUGAAAUAGAUUUUGCAUUUGGAUACAAUGUUUGUGUGCACUGCAAUGUCUGUGUGCAUGCGCCCUGACUUGCCGCAGUUGAAAGUGUCACAGCUGCAGUGGCAGAUCAGAUCAGCCUUGGUGGUGUGGUCUCACAAACCCUCUCCAGCUGCACUCACAGCCAAUCACUCACAGCCCCCUGCAGCUGGGGCUUACACAAACCGGCUGUGUGCAGCCCGAGCCAGUAUAUACUGGCUCAAACCGGUCUGAGCUGGUUUGUGCUGCAUCCAGUGAUGUACAGGGGAUUUAAUUGAUGGGUUUAAGGGAGUUGAGAGGAGUUAAGUGUGGAGUAGUUAAGGAUUAUGUAUUCAACAUUUAGGGUUAUGUAUUUUCAACAUGCAUAUCAUUGCCCACUUAUGAUAUAGCUCACUGAUUUACAUAUCUUGCAUGAGCAUAGCUACUUCAUUAUUCAGAAAACUUGAAAAUAAUAGGAAAUAUUGGGGUGAAUCAGAAUAAAUAAUAUAAUUUAAUGGAUUUAUAUAACUCUUUUCCCAACCCUCAAAGGGAAACUGCCUCAUCAACCGGUCGGGAUUGGGAGUCCCAUAGGGCGGCGCGCAAUUGGCCCAGCGUCGUCCGGGUUUGGCCGGUGUAGGCCGUCAUUGUAAUGAAGAAUUUGUUCUUAACUGACUUGCCUAAUUAAAUACUUUUUUUUUAAAAAAAUAAAUAUAUAUUUAUUAUUAUUUUUUAAUCUACCACCAAUAUGUAGCACCCACCUACUUAGGCCCUAUAGGUCCUGUGUAGCUCAGUUGGGAGAGCAUGGCGUUUGCAACGCCAGGGUUGUGGGUUCGAUUCCCAUGGGGGGCCAGUAUAAAAAAAUAAAUAAAUAUAAACUCACUAACUGUAAGUCGCUCUGGAUAAGAGCGUCUGCUAAAUUACUAAAAUGUAAAAAUAAUGUAUUUCAUAGUCCGCUAUUCAUAUGGUACUUACCAAUUCAAUUGUAACAUCUUUAUUAUUACUAAGUUUAAGUACCAACCAAUGGUAAAUGGUAAAAAACUGACAUGGCUGACCUUUCUCAAACAAGGCUACCCAGAAACCAGUCUUUCCAUACAGUUCAGACUGUAGAUACAAUCAAACUCAUCUUCAUAAAAAAAAAUGCAUUGUGUUUGUGACAAGCUGAGAACAUGUGGAGGGACAAAUGAUCAUUCAAAAAUGUAGUUGAACCAGCUUGUGAUGCCUAAUCUGUUUGAUGAUUUGCAUCCAUCUCUUUUCUAUAUAGGCUUUUUGAAUAGCCUCUGACCUAUGUAGUAUCUGUAUGAAAACAAUUAGUGAGAAAAUGCUGUUUUUUUGCUGAUUUCAAAUGUUUUCUUUGGCAAUUUCACCCCUUCUUAGGCUAUAGGCCUAACCAGUGCUUCUCUCUCAUAUCUUUCCUCUGUCUACUCUAGUGAAUGUGAUGCGGUGCAUAGUUUGUUGUCAAGACUGCAAACAGAGUGACAUCAUUGACAACUACUUUGUCAAGGACACUACCGAGGCCUCCAACACUUCAGAUGAAAAAUCUGCACAGGUAUACCACAAUUGAUAACACAAUCCAGUUACAUUCAAUUGGAUGGUUGAUUUAUUACAAGCUCCCCUUUUAUCAGCAGCAUGUAGCCUAGCCUAAGUAUGUGUCUAAGUGUAAGUGGGGACAUGUGUUUUGUCUCAUUCAGAUGUGCACCAGUUGUGAGGACAACGCAGAUACCAUAGGGUUCUGUGCAGAAUGUGGAGAGUGGUUGUGCAAGACCUGCAUUGAGGCUCACCAGAGGGUCAAAAUCACCAAGGACCACAAGAUCCGCAAGAAAGAAGACGUCUCUGAGGGUAAACUGCCCUACAAACCUAAACACAAUAUGAAAUGUGUACCCUGGAAUAUCAAGUGACAAUUUGACAUAGUUGCAUGUGUAGGCCAGCACUUUCUAUUUGCAAGGAGGAGGCUCUGGGGUAGGCAUUUGCUGUCUCAUAGCACGGUGUAGUUUUUCCAGGCCUCCUAACUUCAUAGCUGAUUUGCUGUUGCCAUGGCAACCAUGCUGCAGAAUCACUGACAUGCAGUACUAUAUAUUGUGGUUCUAUCAGACUUUUCUGAAGCAUUAAUUUAUGUAUCUCUCUCUUGCUUCUAUUCUUUCUCUCACACUUUCUUUCACUUUUUUUCCACUCACCAUAUUUCAUAUUCUUUCAUUCUUUCGUUUGUUUCUCUCGGUCUCUGUAGAGUCUGUAGGUGCGUCGGGUCAGAGACCUGUGUUCUGUCCCGUCCACAAACAGGAGCCCCUGAAACUCUUUUGUGAAACCUGUGACACACUCACCUGUCGGGACUGCCAACUGCUGGAGCACAAGGAGCACAGGUAGGACAUGCAGUGCAUAGACAACACAGGAAUGAUCUUUAGAAUAGGGCAUCUAAAUCUGUAGUGGAUACUGGUCGGUGGUGGUGGAUGGUAAUGCAUUUGGUUUUGUGUUACAUUCACAUACACUACCGUUAAAAAGUUAGGGGUCACUUAGAAAUGUCCUUGUUUUUGAAAGAAAAGCAAUUUUUUUGUCCAUUAAAAUAACAUCAAAUUGAUCAGAAAUACAGUGUAGACAUUGUUAAUGUUGUAAAUUGCUAUUUUAGCUGGAAACGGCUGUUUUUAAUGGAAUAUCUUCAUAGGCGUACAGAGGCCCAUUAUCAGCAACCAUCAGUCCUGUGUUCCAAUGGCACAUUGUGUUUGCUAAUCCAAGUUUAUCAUUUUAAAAGGCUAAUUGAUCAUUAGAAAACCCUUUUGCAAUUAUGUUAGCACAGCUGAAAACUGUUGUGCUGAUUUAAAGAAACAAUAAAACUGGCCUUCUUGAGACUAGUUGAGUAUCUGGAGCAUCAGCAAUUGUGGGUUCGAUUACAGGGUCAAAAUGGCCAGAAACAAAGAACUUCCUUCUAAAACUCAUCAGUCUAUUCUUGUUCUGAGAAAUUAAGGCUAUUCCAUGCGAGAAAUUGUUUUCAGCUGUGCUAACAUAAUUGCAAAAGGGUUUUCUAAUGAUCAAUUACCCCUUUGAUAAACUUGGAUUAGCAAACACAACGUGCCAUUGGAACACAGGACUGAUCGUUGCUGAAAAUGGGCCUCUGUACGCCUAUGUAGAUAUGCCAUUCAAAAUCAGCAAUUUCCAGCUACAAUAGCCAUUUACAACAUUAACAAUGUCUACACUGUAUUUCUGAUCAAUUUGGUGUUAUUUUAAUGGACAAAAAAUUUGCUUUUCUUUUGAAAACAAGGACAUUUCUAAGUGACCCCUAACUUUUUAACGGUAGUGUAUCUCCAAUGAGGAUCGGGCACAAUGAGAAAAGCAGCAAUCUCGUCCAGUGAUCUAAGCCCUAGUGUUCUUUGCUGAACAAAGUUUAUCCUCUCUCAGGUACCAAUUUCUGGAGGAGGCCUUCCAGAACCAGAAAGGCUUCAUCGAGACACACAUGGCCAAACUGCAGGAGAAAAAGACCUACGUCCACUACUCACACUCUCACGUGACAAGCAGGUACAGCAGCAUUCCCAUCUCUUCUGUGAAAGUCUUGUAAUGCGACUUCAUAGCUGCAGGGGGAACUUUCUUCUAGGUACAAAUCUGGAACCAGCUUCCUGUCCCCCAAUCCUAAUCUUAACCACAGUGGGGCAAAUGCUAAACUGACCCAAGAUCAGUGUCUUGGGGCCAUUUCACCCUACAGCGAUUUCAUACAGGUUUGUUAAUGGGUUGAGGACAAUGUCCCCUCAAGCAGCGCGCGGGUGCGCAGUAGCCCCGAGACUGCUGCGCAGCUCCCCCGGGACUGCCAGCCAACGGAGAGAAGCACGAGAUUCAAUUUCACUUAACUUUCUAGAGUUUUCCAUGUUAGUUUCCCUUUACUGUGGAAUUGUGAACGAAUCAACGCAAUAUUAGCCACUUUCAAUGCAACAUACCUAAAUAAAACUAACUAUGUUAGUAUGUAAAACUAACUAUGCAAGAGAUUUUGUUGUAGGCAGAACGCAUCGGAGUAGGAUUCUAUUGCAUUAACAUGAACGACUCAGCCCGUACUCUACACAGACCGGUGUGGUAUAACCGAUCAGAGCUGCAGUAGGCCUAUAUGCAAAUAGAUCAUUACCAUAAAUGGAGCUGUGCCAUUUACUUUGAACUGAACUGUGUUUACAGCAUGAGCGGUCGUGAGUAGAUGAACUUGUGCAGCGAGAGCUGCAUGUAGGCCCGUGUGCACAUUUUGUUCAUGUCCUUUGCUAGUUAGUGAGUUAUUAGCCCAGUUAUAGAUAAUUUGUGGUCAGCAAUAGGGGAGUUUUUGCUUCCUACAAGAGCACAAAACGUGUACAUGUCUAGACAUCUUUGAAAAGUGAGUCUGGUAAAGAGCUUUCUUUUGUCUUAAAGGGGUAGUGUUGUAUUUUGAGGCAGGCUUGAAAAAGCUAAGUAGCCAAUAAGCAGAGGGUAGUAUAAUUUGUCUGAUUCUCUGUAAUAAUGGUAUGGGAAUAAUAAUGCAUUUUAUUUUGUAUAGUGGUUUCUUUCAUCAAACAACACAACAAGAUUUUCAGUCACCUCCUUGUCUGAAAGACAAGUGGAUAAACAGGUUGUCAAGCCUUGCAUGUUUUUUUUCAAAAGUCUUAUCCUCAGGGGUGCGUGCUCAGUCCCCUCCUGUCCUCCCUGUUCACCCAUGACCUCAUGGCCAGGCACGACUCCAACGCCAUCAUUAUGUUUGCCGACGACACAACAGUGGUAGGCCUGAUCACCGAUAACGAUGAGACAGCUUAUAGGGAGGAGGUCAGACCUGGCCGUGUGGUGCCAGGAUAACAACCUCUCCCUCAACGUGAUCAAGACAAAUGAGAUGAUUGUGGACUACAGGAAAAAGAAGAGGACCGAGCACGCCCCCAUUCUCAUCGACGGGGCUGUAGUGGAGCAGGUUGAGAGCUUCAAGUUCCUUGGUGUCUACAUCACCAGCAAACUAUCAUGGUCCAAACACACCAAGACAGUCAUGAAGAGGGCACGACAAAGCCUAUUCCCCCUCAGGAGACUGAAAAGAUUUGGCAUGGGUCCUCAGAUCCUCAAAAAGUAAUACAGCUGCACCAUCGAGAGCAUCCUGACUGGUUGCAUCACUGCCUGGUAUGGCAACUGCUCUGCCUCCGACCGCAAAGCACUACAGAGGGUAGUGCGUACGGCCCAAUACAUCACUGUGGCCAAGCUUCCUGCCAUCAAGGACCUCUAUACCAGGCGGUGUCAGAGGAAGGCCCUAAACAUUGUCAAAGACUCCAGCCACCCUAGUCAUAUAUUGUUCUCUCUGCUACCGCACGGCAAGCGGUACCGGAGCGCCAAGUCGAGGUCCAAAGGCUUCUUAAUAGCUUCUACCCCCAAGCCUUAAGACUCCUGAACAGCUAAUCAAAUGGCUACCCGGACUAUUUACAUUGUUCCUCCCCCCACCCCCUCUUUUACGCUGCUGCUACUCUCUGUUCAUUAUCUAUGCAUAGUCACUUUAACUCUACCUACAUGUACAUAUUACCUCGACUAACCUGUGCCCCCGCACAUUGACUCUGUACCGGUACCCCCUGUAUAUAGCCUCUCUACUGUUAUUUUACUGCAGCUCUUAUUUUUAUUUUUUAGUUAUCAAUUUUCUACUUAACACUUAUUUUUCUUAAAACUGCAUUGUUGGUUAAGGGCUUGUAAGUAAGCAUUUCACUGUAAGGUCUACACCUGUUGUAUUCGGCGCAUGUGACAUAACAUUUGAUUUGAUUGUAGGUCUACAUUGAACAUCACACAUUGGCUGCUACUGUAGGCUGAAUGAUAGAACAGCUAUAUCCAUGUUCAAAUGUUAUGAGAUGCAUUUUCUCCAUUGUUUUUUAUGGUAGGCCACUCUGGUAGGCCUACAUUAUGAUCAAAUAGCCACAGUAGCCUACUUGACCACUAUUAAAACUGUAACUUAAAGCGGGUACAGCCCCAGUGUUCACAGUAAACGUAUGCUGGAAGUUGCACAAUUUUCUCAAAGUGCUAUUUUAUUGUUUAUUAGUGUGUUUGUAGUUUGAGUGACUGUGUGUGUCCCCGUUUCCAUCCAGGCUAAAGGAAGUUACUGAGACCCAUAGGAAGGUGGAGCAUGAGAUCAAGAUAGCCGUGUUCACUCUUAUCAACGAAAUCAACAAGAAGGGCAAGUGUUUACUGCAGCAGCUUGAGGUAAGGCCAUUAUGAAACCUAUGCAAGGAAUGUAUUUAAACUUCUCUUCAGAACCCUUUGAAUUUAGAAGAUUUAUGCUCUCAGGCCCAUUUUCCUAGAGCCAGAUUAUGCCUAGUCCUGGACUCAAACACACUUUCAAUUAAGGUUUUUAAUCUAGGGUUCGGGAAACAGGCCUUCAGUGUUUUUAUCAGCAUCUACUAAUGAACUGUAUCUAGGCCUACAGUACCAGUCAAAAGUUUGGACAAACCUACUCAUUCCAGGGUUUUUCUUUAUUUUUACUAUUUUCUAUGUUGUAGAAUAAUAGUGAAGACAUCAAAACUAUGAAAUAACACAUAUGGAAUCAUGUAGUAACAAAGUGUUAAACAAAUCCAAAUAUAUUUUAGUUUCUUCAAAGUAGCCACCCUUUGCCUUGAUAACAGCUUUGCACACUCUUGGCAUUCUCUCAACCAGCUUCAUGAGGUAGUCACCUGGAAUGAAUUUCAAUUAACAGGUGUGCCUUGUUAAAAGUACAUUUGUGGAAUUAAUGCGUUUUAGCCAAUCAUUUGUGUUGUGACAAGGUAGGGGUGGUAUACAGAAGAGAGCCCUAUUUGGUAAAAGAACAGCUCAAAUAAGCAAAGAGAAACGACAGUCCAUCAUUACUUUAAGACAUGAAGGUCAGUCAAUACGGAACAUUUCAAGAACUUUGAAAGUUUCUUCAAGUGCAGUCGCAAAAACCAUCAAGCGCUGUGAUGAAACUGGCUCUCAUGAGGACCGCCACAGGAAUGGAAGACCCAGAGUUACUUCUGCUGCAGAGGAUAAGUUCAUUAGAGUUACCAGCCUCAGAAAUUGCAGCCCAAAUAAAUGCUUCACAGAGUUCAAGUAACAGACACAUUUCAACAUCAACUGUUCAGAGGAGACUGCGUGAAUCAGGCCUUCAUUGUCGAAUUGCUGCAAAGAAAUCACUACUAAAGGACACCAAUAAGAAGAAGAGACUUGCUUGGGCCAAGAAACACGAGCAAUGGACAUUAGACCGGUGGAAAUCUGUCCUUUGGUCUGAUGAGUCCAAAUUUGAGAUUUUUGGUUCCAACCGCCGUGUCUUUGUGAGACGCGGAGUAGGUGAAUGGAUGAUCUCCGCAUGUGUGGUUCCCACCGUGAAGCAUGGAGGAGGUGGUGUGGGGGUGCUUUGCUGGUGACACUGUCAGUGAUUUAUUUAGAAUUCAAGGCACAAUUAACCAGCAUGUGAUACGCAAUCUGCAGUGAUACGCAAUCCCGUCUCGUUUGGGCUUAGUGGGACUAUCAUUUUGUUUUUCAACAAGACAAUGACCCAACACACCUCCAGGCUGUGUAAGGGCUAUUUGACCAAGAAGGAGAGUAAUGGAGUGCUGCAUCAGAUGACCUGGCCUCCACAAUCAUCCGACCUCAACCCAAUUGAGAUGGUUUGGGAUGCGUUGGACCGCAGAGUGUUAAGGAUCUGUGGGAACUCCUUCAAGACUGUUGGAAAAGCAUUCCAGGUGAAGCUGGUUGAGAGAAUGCCAAGAGUGUGCAAAGCUGUCAAGGCAAAGGGUGGCUACUUUGAAGAAUCUCAAAUAUAAAAUAUAUUUUGAUUUGUUUAACACUUUUUUGGUUACUACAUGAUUCCAUAUGUGUUAUUUCAUAGUUUUGAUGUCUUCACUAUUAUUCUACAAUGUAGAACGUGGUCCUCUGUAGCUCAAUUGGUAGAGCAUGGCGCUUGUAACGCCAGGGUAGUGGGUUCGAUCCCCGGGACCACCCAUACGUAAAAAUAUAUGCACACAUGACUGUAAGUCGCUUUGGAUAAAAGCGUCUGCUAAAUGGCAUAUUAUUAUAGAAAAUAGUAAAAAUAAAGAAAAACCCUUGAAUGAGUAGGUGCGUCCAAACUUUUGACUAGUACUGUAUAUAUUGAGAAACAUGAAUACUAAUAAAUCACUAUGAACUUAAUCUCGCUCCUACAUUGCCAGAUGAUGGGAAGUUUAUUCUGUGAUGUUACUUGGAUACCGUUUUAAUUGAAUAGAAAAGGGGUUAUGCUUGACCCUAAUUACAUAGUAAUUACAUAGGUGGUUGCCUGUUGGUAGUGGCAGGUAGCCUAGUGGGCUGCAGGUAGCCUAGCAGUAAUGAGUUUUAGGCCCGUAACCGAAAGGUCACUGGUUCGAAUCCCCGAACAGACUGAAAUCAGUUGGUGCCCUUGUCCAAGGCACUUAAACAUAAUUGUUCCUGUAAUUCGCUCUGGAUAAGAGUGUCUGCUAAUUGACUAAAAUGUAAGGUUUCUCCCAACCGUUUGUCCCUUGGUCCUCCAGAGUGUGACUAAGGAGAGGAGCAUGAAGCUGUUUUCCCAGCAGACAGACAUCGCUAACCUGGCCAGGCAGAUCCUCCACGUGCUCAACUUCACCCACUCUGCCAUUAACAGCGGCAGCAGCACCGCGCUGCUUUACAGCAAGAGGCUGGUACGGAGUACAGAUAAACACACACACACUCAGGGAAAAGCUCUCCGCAACGAAAGGCUAAAGAGUGCACUAUAUUAUAUGCGGAAGCUAUGACGGUUGCCCUAUCCUAAAUCGAUCCUCUGUAUAUAGUAUAUUGUCUAUAUAGUACCUACAAACAACAUCCCAAUAUCUUCAUUCUUCAGAUCAUCUACCAGCUGCGCAAGGUUCUGAAGGCUGGACUGGAACCAGUGCCUCAGGCUAAUGGUUCUGUUCGCUUCUUCUGUGACCCCACAUUCUGGGCCAAGAAUGUGGUCAACCUAGGUGAGAGGACCCCCCUAUGACUGUGAUGGGCUUUUGGGGGUUUACUACUCUACAUGCAGGGAAGUAUGCAAGGACAUCUGUUUCUGGUCACCGAUGGUACAGUAUAAAGCAUUUAAUAGAAAGGGAGAUGGGGGACGGGGACGCACUCAAUAUACUUUGAAAUGUCUAAAUCCAAUCGAAACUGUGUAGAAAUGGUAAUGAAAUGAAAUGAUAACUACAUUCAUAGUUUCUUGACUGUGUCCAGCUUGUUAAUAAUCACCGAAAUGAAAGCUAGACAGGUCAGGGAGCAUCGAAUUUAAGAAACGAUGGAUAGAAGACAGUUUUUCUCUCUCAAAUUCUGAUAGUUAGAAAAUAUAACAUAUUUUCAGUGUGGCCCUCCUUACCUAAUUCGGCCUAGUUUGACAGCCUUGGUCUAGGGGAAUCUUCAUACACUCAGUCACUUACUCUUAGCCUCCCCUCUCUCCCCCUCCCACUGUAGGGAACCUGGUAAUCGAGAAGAUGCCCCAGGCUCAGCACCCUCCCAACAUUAUGGUGGGACCCAUCUCCCCGGGCCAUGGCCACCCAGGCCACGGAAAACACCCGGGGCAGAUCAAUCUGGCUCAGCUCCGCCUGCAGCACAUGCAGCAGCAAGCCUUCGCCCAGCAGAAACAACAGCAACAACAACAGCAGCAGCACCAACAACAGCACCAACAGCAGCACCAACAGAGGAUCCAGGAGCAGAUGCGUAUCGCUUCCCAAAUGUCCCAGCAGCACCCCAGGCAGGGUGGACCUCCGAUGGUACAGCAACAGGUAGACUGAGGAGGACAGCAUUUUUUGAUUAUUUUAGGGUACCGUUGUUCCCAUCGAUAGCAGUGGUGUAGUGAAGGGUAAACAUACGUAAACACUGUUUACGCACCUUUUUUAUUUUGCACAAGCGUUUACCCACCUAUUGCGAAAAAAUGCAUUGAAAAUAUAGGUAGUGUUAAUUUACUCACCAAUCAUUUUUUGACCAUUACAUCACUGAUUGAUGGAGUACAUUUGUCAAGCCAGGUUCACUUUUUUAUUUACAGAAAAUAGUUAUACAGUCAUAACAUAGUGGAACUAUAAUAGUAAUCAAUAUUAUCUGUUGCUCUAAGGAUUUAGUUAAUUACAAUGCAAUUUUAUGUAAAAGUCUAACGGUCUCUCCCCAGCCCCCGCGCCUCAUCAGCAUGCAGGCCCAGCAGAGGGGCCCCAUGAACGGCGGUCCCCUCAUGUACCCCCCCCACCACCUGCGCCUCGCCCCGGGACAGGGCCGCAUGCCCAGCCCCAGCGCCCAGCCACGCAUGCCCAACGGUCAGCAGUACCCCCCAAUGAUGCAGCCCCAGCUGCAGAGACAGGUCAGACUACACCACUCACAUUAUGUCCCUGAGGGGAGGUAUAGAUACUUUAUUACUCCCCAAAAGGGAAAUUGAUCAGAAAGACAAUAUCCUUAGAAUAAUAACAAAUACAGUAAACAAAAGAUAUGUUUUAAUGCAGAAACCGGUGUGAGUGAUUGGCACUACUGUCGCCAUUUUGUAGUAGGAUUUUCACUGAGUGUGUAUGUAUGGGUACCUUUUUGUGUUUAGCUGACUAUAGAUUCUGAGAUGAGCCACCACAGGUUUCGUUUGUUACAUCUAACAGGGGUUUGGCACUUUUUCUACUUGUACUUAAAUAGUAGUUGUGUUUUGUGUUGCAUGGGCAUGAUUAGUGAUUAUGCUUCCAAAAGUUACCUUUCAGCACGUCGUAGACCUGGUAGAAUUGAACAAUAAUGAAUAGUCAAUGCUGUUGUAAAUCUCUAGUUUUUGACCUCCUCCCUCCCCUCUCCCUGUAGCAUUCUAACCCAGGUCAUGCUGGACCCUUCCCAGUGGCCUCUCUCCACAAUGUGACCCCAGCCAACCCCACCAGUCCCACCAGUGCCAGCAUGGCCAGCGCCCAUGCCCACCGUGGCCCCGCCAGCCCCAUAGUGGGCGCCAUCGAGCUCAUCCCAUCCGUCACCAACCCAGAGAACCUGCCCUGCCUACCAGACAUCCCUCCCAUUCAGGUACACACAGCCCUCAGGGAGCAGGCACAUGUCACGUACCUCCAAAUCUCACCAAACCUGCUUCCAUUCUCAUCCCGCUCCUUUUCUCCUGGCCCCCACCUCUUUGCUUUUUGUAGAUCUGAGGGGAUUGGAUAGGUGUGAGUAAUACAGUGCAUUCGGAAAGGAUUCAGACCCCUUGACUUUUUCCACUUUGUUACGUUACAGCCUUAUUCUAAAAUGGAUUAAAUUGUAUUUUUCACCUCAUAAAUCUACACACAAUAACCCAGACCCUUUACUCAAUACUUUGUUGAAGCACCUUUGGCAGCAAUUACAGCCUAGAGUCUUCUUGGGUAUGAUGCUACAAGCUUGGCACACUUGUAUUUGGGGAGUUUCUCCCAUUCUUCUCUGCAGAUCCUCUCAAGCUCUGUCAGGUUGGAUGGGGAGCGUCACUGCACAGCUAUUUUCAGGUCUCUCCAGAGAUGUUUGAUCGGGUUCAAGUCCGUGCUCUGGCUGGGCCACUCAUGGACAUUCAGAGACUUGUCCCGAAGCCACUCCUGCAUUGUCUUGGCUGUGUGCUUAGGUUGUCAUUGUCCUGUUGGAAGAUUAACCUUCGCCCCAGUCUGAGGUCCUGAGCACUCUGGAGAAGGUUUUCAUCAAGGAUCUAUAAUAAUAAUAAUAAUAUUAUGAUCUCUCUGUACUUUGCUCCGUUCAUCUUUGCCUCGAUCUUGACUAGUCUCCCAGUCCCUACCGCUGAAAAUCAUCCCCACAGCAUGAUGCUGCCACCACCAUGCUUCACCGUAGGGAUGGUGCCACGUUUCCUCCAGACGUGACGCGUGGCAUUCAGGCCGAAGAGUUCAACUUUGGUUUCAUCAGACCAGAGAAUCUUGUUUCUCAUGGUCUGAGAGUCCUUUAGGUGCGUUUUGGCAAACUCCAAGCGGGCGGUCAUGUGCCUUUUACUGAGGAGUGGCUUCCGUCUGGCCACUCUAUAAUAAAGGCCUGAUUGGUGGUGUGCUGCAGAGAUGGUUGUCCUUCUGGAAGGUUCUCCCAUCUCCACAGAGGACCAAGGCCCUUCUUCCCGGAUUGCUCAGUUUGGCCGGGCGGCCAGCUCUAGGAAGAGUCUUGUUGGUUCCAAACUUCUUCCAUUUAAGAAUAAUGGAGGCCACUGUGUUCUUGGGGACCUUCAAUGCUGCAGACAUGUUUUGGUACACUUCCCCAGAUCUGUGCCUUGACACAGUCCUGUCUUGGAGCUCUACGGACAAUUCCUUCGACCUCAUGGCUUGGUUUUUGCUCUGACAUGCACUGUCAACUGUGGGACCUUAUAUAGACAGGUGUGUGCCUUUCCAAAUCAUGUCCAAUCAAUUGAAUUUACCACAGGUGGACUCCAAUCAUGUUGUAAAAACAUCUCAAGGAUGAUAAAUGGAAACAGGAUGCACCUGAGCUCAAUUUCGAGUCUCAUAGCAAAGGGUCUGAAUACUUAUGUAAACAAGGUGUUUCUGUUUUUUCUUUUUAAUACAUUUGCAAAAAUAAUUACAAAAUCUGUUUUCGCUUUGUUAUUAUGGGCUAUUGUGUGUAGAUUGAUGGGGAAAUAAUCAUUUAAUCCAGUUUAGAAUAAGGCUGUAAGGUAACAAAAUGUGGAAAAGGGAAGGGGUAUGAAUACUUUCUAAAUGCACUGUAUGAUUAAUAUUCAAUGUAACUUCUGCCAUAUUGCUUUAUACCCAUCUGGUCCUUUCCUAUUUUUGCUCAUUGAAGGAGCUAGGGGUAGGGGAAGGGGGUAGGGAGCGGAAUGGGAACCUGGCUCAACUCAGGUCAACUCAAAUGUGGUGCCUAGUGAAAGUCUACACACCCUUUGCACUGUCACAUUUUCUCCCUUAAAUGAAAAAAAAUAAAAAUGAAUUGGGAUUUCCCCCUCCAAUGAUCUACACAACCUACUCCACACUUUCAAAGUAAAAUAAAAAUGAUAUACUUUUUUGGGGGGAAAAUAUAUAUUGAUUGCAUAGGUCUACACAAAAAUCACACAAUUACUUUUAAUUGGGUCCAUCUGUGUGCAAAAGUAAUGGUUUUCAUAAUUUUUUAAUAACUUCUGUCUCUAAGGUACCUCCGAUGUAUAGUAAAUGUCAAACAAUGAUUUAACCUCAAAGCCACGAAAGUGCUUUAAAAACUUGUCAGGGAUGAAUUUGUAGACUGGGACAGAUCAGGGGAAGGUUAUGAAAUCAUUCCAAUGCACUGAAUAACCCUUUGAGUAUAGUAAUUAAGCUGUUGAUGGUGUAUCGUAUCACCUGGGUACUGAGAGGAUCUGACCGUCCUUCAUAACUGCGGUAAGGGAGAGAAUGGAAACUACUAAGCUAACAUAUACCAAGGAUCAUUUAGCUAUUUGAUUUGGAGUUUUGGGACCCCUUAAGGUAUAAUUUGUUAUUUAUUUGACGUAACAUUGAAUUUGGGCUUAUUGCUAUUAGCCCAUAGAAACGCAUUGAAUAACAGCUUCUACAGUUGAAGUCGGAAGUUUACAUACACCUUAGCCAAAUACAUUUAAACUCAGUUUUUCACAAUUCCUGACAUUUAAUCCUAGUAAGAAUUCCCUCUCUUAGGUCAGUUAGGAAUGUCAAAUGUCAGAAUAAUAGUAGAGAGAAUUAUUUAUUUCAGAUGUAUUUCUUUCAUCGCAUUCCCAGUGGGUCACAAGUUUACAUACACUCAAUUAGUAUUUGGUAGCAUUGCCUUUAAAUUGUUUAACUUGGGUAAAACGUUUCGGGUAGCCUUCCACAAUAAGUUGGGUGAAUUUUGGCCCAUUCCUCCUGACAGAGCUGGUGUUACUUAGUCAGGUUUGUAGGCCUCCUUGCUCACACACGCUUUUUCAGUUCUGCCCACACAUUUUCUAUAGAAUUGAGGUCAGGGCUUUGUGAUGGCCACUCCAAUACCUUGACUUUGUUGUCCUUAAGCCAUUUUGGCACAACUUUGGAAGUAUUCUUGGGGUCAUUGCCCAUUUGGAAGACCUAUUUGCGACCAAGCUUUAACUUCCUGACUGAUGUCUUGAGAUGUCGCUUCAAUAUAUCCACAUAAUUUUCCUUCCUCAUGAUGCCAUCUAUUUUGCGAAGUGCACCAGUCCCUCCUGCAGCAAAGCACCCCAAAAGCAUGAUGCUGCAACCCCCGUGCUUCACGGUUGGGAUGGUGUUCUUCGGCUUGCUAGCGACCCCCUUUUUCCUCCAAACAUAACGAUGGUCAUUAUGGCCAAACAGUUCUAUAUUUGUUUCAUCAGACCAGAGGACAUUUCUCCAAAAAGUAUGAUCUUUGUCCCCAUGUGCAGUUGCAAACCGUAUUCUGGCUUUUAUAUGGCGGUUUUGGAGCAAUGGCUUCUUCCUUGCUGAGCGCCCUUUCAGUUUAUGUCGAUAUAGGACUCGUUUAACUGUGGAUAUAGAUACUUUUGUACCUCUUUCCUCCAGCAUCUUCACAAGGUCCUUUGCUGUUGUUCUGGGAUUGAUUUGCACUUUUUGCACCAACGUACAUUAAUCUCUAGGAGGAGAAUCUCAAGGAGACAGAACGCGUCUCCUUCCUGAGCGGUAUGAUGGCUGCGUGGUCCCAUGGUGUUUAUACUUGCGUACUAUUGUUUGUACAGAUUAACGUGGUACCUUCAGGCGUUUGGAAAUUGCUCCCAAGGAUGAAAUAGACUUGUGAAGGUCUACAAUUGUUUUUCUGAGGUCUUGGCUGAUUUUCUUUUGAUUUUCCCAUGAUGUCAAGCAAAGAGGCACUGAGUUUGAAGGUAGGCCUUGAAAUUCAUCCACAGGUACACCUCCAAUUGACUCAAAUUAUGUCAAUUAGCCUAUCAGAAGCUUCUAAAGCCAUGACAUCAUUUUCUGGAAUUUUCCAAGCUGUUUAAAGGCACAGUCAAUUUAGUGUAUGUAAACUUCUGACCCACUGGAAUUGUGAUUAAGUGAAACAAUCUGUCUUUAAACAAUUGCUGGAAAAAUUACUUGUGUCAUGCACAAAGUAGAUGUCCUAACCAACCUGCCAAAACUAUAGUUUGUUAACAAGAAAUGUGUGGAGUGGUUGAAAAACGAGUUUUAAUGACUCCAACCUAAGUGUAUGUAAACUUCCGACUUCAACUGUAUCUCCAUAUAUAUUUCAUUUUUUUUAUUGGUACCCGGCUACCUUCAGACUAGGCUUGUGGGCGUCCUAGAGCAAAACAACCAACAUGUAUGUGAGAGACAUUUCCAUAGAGGGGUCAUAUUAGUGUGUAGCCCAAACGGUUCAGACGCUACAGACCGAAGUUGGCAGAUCGGAUGUACCGACUUCAGACGAGUCCCAUGAUGCUUAUGGGGGUCGUAGAGCAAAACGGAGAAUAACACAGUGUUCAUGAGUUAUCUUUCCAUAGAGCGUUCAAACCAUUUGGAUGCUACAGACGUUUUCGCGAGAAUACAGAUUUUCGGGAUGUCUCAUGGUCUGACAAACACAAUCUAGCUCUGCCACCUUUCACCGCAGAUGCGGAAGGGCGACAUUGGCGGAUGCAGUGGAUUGAGAUGCAGCCCAUGCAAAACAACAUAUCUCUAGCUUAAACUGGCAGAUUUUGAUGGAGAUUUUUUUAUUAUGCUAAUUAGAUUUCCAUGUGGCCGCGUACAUCGACUCUAGGGGGUUGUGGAAAUCUGUGGAUGGAUCAACAACACUGCAUUCAUUCCACAUCACUGGCCUGUAUGUGGCAUGUGCUAAAAAAAUCUAUUCCAAAUCAUCCUUCCUGUUUGCAAAAAGGCCAUUAAGGAAUACUGUAAGAGAACAUGGCAAACAAAUGAACUUUUUUUCAUAAAUGCAAAACUUUAGGUUUGGGGCAAAUAAAAAAACAACAACAUCAUAGUGAACCUUUCGUAUAUUUCAUGAAUUGUGUCGGCAUCAUCAUGUUAAUAUGGGUAUGCUUGUUACCGGCAGGGACUUGGGAGUUUUGUGAAAGGGGCAAAGCACAGAUGAAAGCAUGCCUUUAGUCUUCUGAAGACCUUACACUGGGAUAGAGAUGUAUUUUUCAGGGUGACAAUUAUCCAAAUUAUAAGUCCAAAGAUGCACCAUAAUGGCUUUCCACAAGGUGUUCAGUGUUUCUGAGUGGUGUAAUCUCAGCCCUGACUUAGAUCUGCAUGACAAUCAGAGACAAUACUUUAAUAUUGCUGUCCAUUAAUGAUCCCCAACCAACUUGACUGAGCUUGAGCAAUUUUGCCAAGAACAAUGGAUAGAUGUUGCCCCAAGAGUUGUGGAAAGUUGGUGGAGCCUUAUUCAAAAUUAUUUACAUUUACAUUUUAGUCAUUUAGCAGACCAGAGCGACUUACAGUUAAGUGAGUGCAUACAUAAUUUUUUUCAUACUGGCCCCCCGUGGGAAUCAAACCCACAACCCUGGCGUUGCAAAAGCCAUGCUCUACCAACUGAGCUACAUUGCUGGCAAAAGUAUUAACUAAGGGGUGUGAAGACCUAAUGCAAUCAACAAGUCUUAAUUUUUAUAAUUUUCAUUUUGAAAGUGUGGACUAGUUUUGUGUAGAUCAGUUGGGGGGAAAAUCCCUUUUUUUUAUUUUUUUUAUCCAUUGUUAGAUUUUAAUUUAAGCGAGCAAAAUGUGACAUGUGCGAAGGGUGUAUAGGCUGUCACUAUGCACUGUACAUGGUAAUUCGUCAUCAGAAAUGGUCUCAAGGUGAACUGAAAAUGACCACUAAUUCUGUGUUAUUUUCCUGUGGUUGGAUGCUUUGGCACAAUCAGCUGGAAGACGCGGGCUCCAGCAGUCUGGACGCCCUCCUGAGUCGCUGGAUCUCAGCCAGCACAUACCCUCAGCUAGGCCUGUGGCCCCCCGUGGACAUGAAUCCCUCCCCCGGACUCUCCACACACUCGCCUGGCUCCUCAGGUACUGGAGGACUACAAUGCAUAUACACACACACACACACAGCUUCAAUCCCAUCUAUGAUUUUGAAUCAUUUGUCAAAAACAAGUGCUCAUAUCACUGUCACGUUUUACGAAGAUAAUCUUUUGUAUUACAUGACUUCUAUAUUACUGCUAGGGUUGAAUACCGGUGUCCCUGGACUUCCCGACCAUGCCCCUUUCCGUUUCCCGAGAAAUAUAGGUCCCGUGGACUAAUAAUAUAAAAAUGUAAUGCCGCACUAAUGCAAAAAUACAAAAUAUGCAUGUGCAAAUAGCUGCAUGAACCGGACUUAUCAACUCUCUGCCUUCAUUCAUACAUUAGACUAGUCAUCACAACGCUAGCAGCCUUCCAUAUUAAGCCUACUUGACGUAAAGUCUCCAAUAGAAAACAUAACUUGGUCUACUUGCAUGACUUUUAUAAUUGCAUUGCCGACUAUCAUGCGAUGUCUCAACGCAGUUACUGAAGGCAAUCUCCACAUUCACAAAUCUCCACUACUAUAGUGCUGCUGAAUCUCCGCUACUAGGCCUAUUUUCUUAUGUUUGUUUAGCUGGAAUUGGAUAUGUUCCCUGUGACAGUCUCCACAAUAAGCGGGUUAUCAUUAAGUAAAAACAGCCACAACCCUUAUGAAAUUCCCCUGAUAGCCAGGUGCAAGGGGAGAGAAAAGUGCCAACAAGUUGGCUGACAUCUUUCAGGCAAAGGUAAGCUAAAAUGAAAUGUAAUUUUCACCAGGUUGUUGGUUAAUAACCUUGUAAUAUUGUAGGCCUAAAUCAACAAAAUAGCGUGGUGACUUUGACAGAACUUUGAGUUGAUUCAAUUUUGGCAAAUACAACAAGAAACCGUUAGAUUCAAAUCCAUAUUUCUCCAUUUACAGUGUUAUAAUCAUGUCAGAUCUUUUUUUCUGCUGGUAUUAUUUGCUUUAAUUAGCAUUUCCAGUUUGAACAGGAAUACCGGUAUGGUUGCAAUUUUCUCAGGAAGGAAAUUGUUUUUAUUUUCAGGAAAAUAUUCAACCCUAAUUACUGCCUCAUCCUUGCUCUCUGUCUGUCUCCCACCUGCAGGCUUAUCAAACUCCCACACACCCGUACGGCCAUCCAGUACAUCCAGCACAGGAAGCAGGGGCAGGUAAUGAUGACACACAGGCUUAGCACUAGACCUCUGCGUGGAAAGUUCAAAUGACGCUAUUGCAUAAAACUGUGGAACAUCCAUAGGAUGGGCAGAAGGUAGCAAUGCAGAUAUUGCACCAUAGAGCAAGCUAGUCACUCCUGACCAAUGAGUCCUUCUCUCACUGGUAUACAUGUAAAAGUAUAUGGAUGACUGUAAGGGAGGUCUUGACUGUGUGUGUGUGUAUACGUUUGUGUCCUCAGCUGUGGCUCUGCGGGGAGGCCAGUGCCAGCGAGCGCCCCAAUGGAACAGCAGGUUAAAGUCAAGCAGGAGCCCGGAAUCGAGAAGGAGUGUGGCUUCUCAGGAACCACCUCCUCCAAUGUCAAAACUGAACGAGGGAAGGAUGGAGGGAGGAGUGCGUGCAUGGUAACACACCUCUAACUGCCCAGCUCUUUCACCUCCUUUUAGCCUGUCAGUACCUUGAUCUUAAUCUAGCAGGUAUCUAUGUACCUGAGGCUAUGUACAUUCUCCUCCGUAUUUAUUUGGACAGUGAAGCUAAAAUGUUUAAAUGUGACUCUAUACUCCAGCAUUUUGGAUUUGAGAUCAAAUGUUUCAUAUGAGGUGACAGUACAGAAUGUCACCAGGGUAUUCUCUUACAUAUGUUUUACCAUUUAGAAAUGAAAACACUUUAUAUAUCUAGUCCCCCCAUUUGAAGAAGUCAUAAGUAUUUGGACAAAUUCACUUAUAGUGUAUUAAAGUAGUCAAGUUUAGUAUUUGGUCCCAUAUUCCUUGCACACAAUGACUACCUCAAGCUUGUGACAAACAUGUUGGAUGCAUUUGCAGUUUGUUUUGGUUGUUUCGGAUUAUGUUUUGCCCAAUAGGAACUGAAAGGUGAAUAAUGUACCGUAUUGGUCCGAAUAUAAGACGGCCUUUUUUCCCCUCGAAAUAGGUCCAAAAAAGUCGGGUCGUCUUAUAUUCGGGGUCUAGUAUUCAGAGCGCAGUUUCUCUUCUUCGGCGCUCCCUUUAAAUGUCAAUACACAUUCGCGGGCACAGAUGGCGCCAAAAAUUCGUUCCGGACGGAGGGAAGAGGCGUCCUUAACAACCAGCCCGUUACCGGUGUUUAAAGAUGGAAAGACAGGCUGACCAUUUAGAGACAAGUGGCUCAAAAGUGGGCCAGGUCAAUAAACAACAGCGGAGGAGCUAUGAUGCCAAUUUCAAAAUAAUGGUUGUCAAUAAGGCAGAGUCAUCUAACAACUGCCAAGCUGCCAAGACAUUCGGGGUCACUGAGUGUAAUGUAAGAAGAUGGCGAGCAGAAAAACAACGUCUAAAAGAUGCUAACAGUCAGCGAAAAUCCUUCCGUGGUCCUCAAAGUGGUCGUUUCAUUGAGGUUGACCGGAGGGUUUUUGAAUAUGUCAGGGAAAAAAGAAGUGAGGGAAUGCCCAUUACCAGAGCUGUCAUCCAGGUUAAGGCCCUGGAAAUCGCCAGAGAGCUCAACAUCACUGGAUUUAAAGCCAGCCUCGGCUGGUGUCGUAGGAUGAUGCGGCGUAAUGGACUGUCACUUAGACGGAGAACGAGUUUGGCCCAACGCCUGCCGUCAGACUUCGGAGAGAAGCUGCUUUCGUUUCAGCGCUUUGUUAUCAACCUGAGGAAGAAGCACUCCUACCCGCUGGAUCAGAUCGGCAAUGCUGAUCAGACACCCGUUUAUUUCGACAUGCCAACAUCGGUGACUGUCAAUAGAAAGGGAGAAAAGUCUGUGUUGGUGAAAUCAACGGGCAACGAGAAGAGCCGCGUCACUGUCAUGUUGACAUGUCUCGCUGGUGGCAGCAAACUCCCCCCGUAUGUCAUUCUUAAGCGUAAGACUGUGCCAAAGGACCCAAUGCCAGCUGGCAUUAUUGUGCGCGCCCAGGAGAAGGGCUGGAUGGAGUCGGGGCUUGUAGUGGACUGGCUAAAGGUUGUGUGGGGCGCACGCUACGGGGGACUGAGGAAGAGGAGGAACAUGCUCGUUCUGGAUGCGUUCCGCGGACAUCUGACUGAGCCCGUGAAAAGUCAGGUGCGAGCAAUGAACAGGGAUCUUGUGAUCAUACCAGGGGGAAUGACAAGCCAGCUACAGGUGUUGGACGUAGUUGUGAACAAGCCUUUCAAGGAUAACCUGCGAAAAAAAUACACAGAGUGGCUCCUGUCUGGCAACCACGCACUCACACCGACCGGGAAAAUACAGAAGCCGUCAGUCCGUCUACUGUGUGAAUGGAUCCUGCAUGCAUGGGAUGCUAUUCCCUCACAGAGCAUCAUCGAUGGCUUUAAAAAAUGUUGCAUCUCAAAUGCAUUGGACGGCAGCGAGGACGACGUGCUUUGGGAGGAGCCGGUGGAAGCGGAGCAGCUGGGGAGCGAUGACAGCGAGAGCGAACACAGCGGGGCAGAGGACGUGUGUGAGGGAUAGAGAGACAUCGGAGGAGAAGUUUGGCGAAUUUUUGUUAAGUUUAGUUAAAUGUGUGGCCUGUAUUUUCUCUGUUAUUUAAAAAUGUUGCUUUAUUAUUGCUUGAUAUUAAUUUUGAAUCAUACUGUACAUAGUUUGCCUUUGUGUUUAAUUUGUCAUUUUGGAGUCACUUUUAUUGUAAAUAAGAAUAUAAUAUGUUUCUGAACACUUCUACAUUUAAUGUGGAUGCUACCAUGAUUACAGAUAAUCAUGAAUAAUAAUGAGUGAGUUAGAGGCACAAAGAUCAACCCCUCCCCCCUCCCCCCCUCCCCUGUUAUUGGUAAUGGUGAGAGGUUAACAUUUUUUAGGACGUUUCGGCCUCACUUCUUGGUGCUACACCAGAAUUCUCAAUGUACUUAACCCACUUGAAUGCGUUCAGCUUUUUUUAACGUGUGUGUCUGUCUCACAGAUGAGUAGUCCCGAGAUCAGCCGGACUCCCCCUCUCCCCGUGCUGGGCUCCAUGGCUUCCGCCUCCUCUGUCCAGGACGCCCUCAAGAAGUUGGGGGAGCACGUCAAAACUGAGCCCCAGGACCAGGAGGCCUGCAGCGGGGCCAACGGGCCUAGCAAAGCCCCUAGCACCAGCCCAUCCACUAAGGCCUCAGACGCCCCACUGACCAACAGCAAGGGAGCUGCGUCUGCUGCCGUGCGCACUCCACGCACUGCACAGGGGACCAACCAGAGUGGGGCGGGAGGGAAGGAUGACGACCCCAAUGAGGACUGGUGCGCCGUGUGCAACAACGGGGGAGAGCUGCUUUGCUGUGACCGCUGCCCCAAAGUCUUCCACAUCACCUGUCACAUCCCUACCUUGAAGUGCUCUCCGAGGUGAGCCCCUGAUACAUCCACACAUGCAUGCAUACACACAGGCUGGCGUUGACUAGGUGUCAGAAUGAUAAUUAAUUUAAUUAAUAUUUCAACAUAUAAGCCCUUUAACAUUGGAUGCUGAUAGCUUGCCACACAUCGGCUAUCUUUCUCCCAUGUAUAUGCCUAUAUAUCUAGGUUAUUGCUUCACAUUUUCUCUCUGGGUUUCCCCCCUCAGUGGAGAGUGGAUGUGCACGUUCUGCCGGAGCCUGGCCAGCCCGGAGAUGGAGUACCAGCCUGACGACGAGCCUCGUGGCGAGAAGGACAACAGUGAGCAGGGCCUGAGUCCUGAGGACCAGAGGGUCAGUGGAACCAUCCACCUGUAAUACCUAGAACAUGGCAUUCCCUGCUUACAGUUGAAAGGACUUUCCCAUAGCAUUAGUAGUUACUACUGCCACUGUCAAUUCAAUGCAUUUCCCCACUACUUAUAUCAGUGAAUUUCAGUUGACUUUAGAUGCCGUCACAUUUGAGGAGUAAAUCAGUAUGAAUUAAUUUAUCACACUUCUCUUAGUAAGGAGUAUGUGAAUUACGGACAACUUGUAUUUAGUAAGCUUGAACUCAUGAAGCCUGAUGCGCUACUCUUUCAUCUUUAAGUGCUGCAUUCAGACAGAGGGACACAUGCCUCAUCUUUCUCUCUCUCCUCUUUCUCUCUCUUACUCAAUGUCUCUCGCUCUCUCUCUCUCUCUCUCUCUCUCUCUCUCUCUGUGUGUCCUAGCUGAGGAAUGUUAAGCACUUAUGUAAUGUUCUCCUGCUUAACCACCCCUCUCUCACCCCCUCCCUCUCUAUCGCUCUAUUUCUUUCUGUCUCUCUCUCUGCAGAGGUGUGAGCGCCUCCUGCUGUAUGUUUUCUGCCAUGAGCUCAGCGAGGGGUUCCAGGAGCCUGUCCCUCCCUCUGUAAGUAUCACAAGCAUGUAAAAGGCAAUGCCACCUGUAUUCUAUCUGACCUUGAUGGCCACAUGUACUCAACACCUCUACAGAGUACAGCCUCUCUAGGUUUUUUCUUUCUAGGGACUUUUUCCUGGGCACUGUGUUCUUGAUUCUGCCAUUGCUUUCUUUGGGGUCUUGGCCAGAUUUCUGUAAAAGCACUUAGUGUGAACUGCUGAUUUAAAAAAUACAUUGUAUUUAUAAAUAAAUUAGAUUGAUUGGUUUAUUGAUCCUGCCCUAUGCCCACAGCACAACUUUACUUCAGCAUUGUGGCUAUAACCAUAAUGUUCUGUAUAAUAAAUGAAUGAUCCAAUAUGGCUCUCUAACCAUGGUGUUCCCACCAGAUCCCUAAUUACCACAAGAUCAUCAAGAAGCCCAUGGACUUGACCCUGGUAAAACAGAAGCUACAGUUGAAGCAUGUCCAGCACUACCAGAGCCCCAUAGAGUUUGUCUCGGACGUGCGCCUGGUCUUCAGCAACUGUGCCAAAUACAACGAGGUUAGUGGGCAUGAAUUCCAUGCAUGAUGAGAUGGGGCUGAGUGAUAGUUUAAUGGAUGCAGGAGAACACAUGCACACUAAUCCUGUAUGCGGGCAGUGGAAAUGCACCAUGCAGAAUGUUGAUAUCCUUAUCACACCAUUUUGCAUGAACUUGGGCACCCACAGGGAUUAACACUGGAUGACCGGAUGCAGUUACUGUGUACUCACACUAGACUGUUUGUUUUGAGUGUGGUGUUGCAAAACUAAUUUGCCUAUGUGCUGAUUUUCCAACCUAAAUAUUUUCAUGGCCACUAAUGUAAUGUCUUCCUGGUCAGUUAUUUUGUAAGCAGUGAUAUCGCCUGCUACCAUAAGACUUCUUGAUUUGUUUACUUAUGAGUUAACAAAACAAGCACAUCUAUAAAGCAUUGACUAUUAUUGUCAUUAUUGUCACAAUAUAUUCAAGAUUUUUGUCAUUCUAAAUAACUUGAUGCUUUCUUGCAGCCAGAUUACCUUUAAAAUGCUAAUACAUUCCGUUUUGUCUGUAUUCCUUAUAGCUAACCGUUUCUAUCAAUGAUAGAUAGUUUGUCCUUGACUUGAUAGUUUUUUGGGUGGAGUUUUCCUUUAAUAUCUUGGGCAAGCUAUCUUUUGGUAUUUGUUUCAUUAGUCCAUUGUUGAUAUAGUCCCAAAAUAGAAAUACAGCUGGUAAAUGCAUCAUACGGCUGUAUUUCUAUAUUUUGAAAGUUAUAUCUUGAAAACUUGAUUGCUGACAUGCAAAACAUUUUGGGACUAUAUCAACAAUGGACUAAUGAAACAAAUACCAAAAUAUCGUUUUGAGGGUGGAAUUUUCCUUUAACGUGUAUAUUUUCAAUACAUACUAACCCAAAUACUUGGACUUUUCGAAUGCAAAAGUUGUCCCGUGUGUGGGAUCUUCAUUGCAUUGGACCUUUUGAUAUGGUGUCAAUUUUUACUUUCUUAAUUGAAUCUCUCUGGACAUGUUUUCGAGUGAUGUGUUUAGGGGAAAGAUGCUUUACAAGGAAUUUGGUGAUUUAGAUUUUCAAUAGUGAUUUGAAAUGGAAAAUACCUUGCAUUGAGAGAAUCAAUGAGGAACUGAGUUGUGGAGGUAACGUUAAAAGGUUUCCUACUGGUUGCAGUUGACGUAGUCAACGGUCCAGCUCAAUGUGUUAUAUAUGCUAAUUUAAGAUUUAAAGGGACACUUACUAGAUAUCAGUGAAGGGACCGUCAGUGUCAAGGCUAGUAAAUCAAGCUAACCAAUUUAGCAAGGAGAGAAAUUGAAAGACGUAAUUCCCAGGAAUAUGCCAGGAUCCACAGCAAGGCCAUGGAUGCUGUUCAGAAUUCUCUCAACAGGCUGAAGCAGCCAGGUAAAGACAGACCGUAGGUAAAGACACUAGACUAGUUGGGAAAAGUAAUGGCAAGAUUUACCCAAGGUCUGCAACUGCAACCUUCUUAAGUUAGACAGUAAGUGAAACAAAAGUUUAUGGAGGGAUGACACAAACCACAUUUGGACACCAGUUCAAUAAGGGGUAUAUUUUACUUAGGCCGAAGACCUAGGUUAGUGACAGUACACAUGGUUGUUACCUAUAACCUGUCUGUGCUGUGAAAUCCCCCUGCCCUCCCCCCCUUCUGCUUUUUGGUAUUUUAUUGUACUGUUAUCACCCCUUUUUUAGAUGUCUCGAAUAAUCCAGGUUUAUGAUGAGGAGAAACAGAGUAAUGUGCAGGUAAGCUGUUUCUAAUACACAUGGAGGGGAAAGGUUUGGCUGCCCAACCUGCCACUUGGAUUGUUAAAAACGUGGUUUUCCUGUGUUUUAUAUGUAUUUCCACACUGAGGUUAGAAUAAUAUUGUGAAAAUUAUGAUAAUGCCUUUUUAGUGUAAGAGCUGUUUGAAAAGACCGCCUGAAAUUUCAGCCUGUUUUGGUGGGAAGGAGUUUUGGGGUAAAUUUGUUUAGACCAAUAAAGAGUUCCAAACCUCUCUGCCAAUAACAGCUAGUUCUAGACAGUCCAAGCAAAAUUCUUGCUUGAGAAAUUGCUCUUUGCUUAAGAAGCUAUUUUUUUUCCUUCUUAUUUUUUACCAUUUUAUUUGAAAAAAAUCACAGUAAGGUACUUAAUUGUUACCCAGAAAUGAUUUGAUAUUGAGAUAAAACAUUUUAAAAAACCAGCUGCAUUGGACCUUUUAACCCACUCUAGUGUACUCCAUCCCCUCCCCUCCCAUUCCUUACCCAUUCUUCCCUCCUGUUCAAUGAUGCCCUCACACCCCACCUUCCUCAUACUCUCCCCCUCCUUCCCUCCUGGCAGGCGGACUCGGAGGUGGCACAGGCAGGGAAAGCAGUGAGUUUGUACUUUGAGGAGAGGCUGCUGGAGCUCUACCCAGAGGAGAGUUUUCCCGAGGUACCAGAGGAGCCCGAGGCCCCAGUUGGAGAGGGAGAGGAGGCAGAUCUCACAGAAGACUCAGAGGAUGAAUUUGUGCAACCUAAACGCAAGCGGUUAAAAACAGAUGAAAAGAUGCUCCACAUCAAGUGAGAAUCAGUGUUAAAAAAAGGAAAAGAAAAGGUCAAGAAGUGAAAGGAUUUUGUCUUCCUUAUCUGAAAUGCAGGACCUAUUGUACACAUUUACACGUUUAUUUCAUCCUUUGCCUCUUUUAGUUAUUGUAAAAUAGAAAUGAAAUUAGUCUGUAUCUGGCAAACUGGACUUUUUAAAGACAUAUUGGAAUUUCCACUCCUCCAUUUCCUCUGGCAAUUUAUGGAUGUUCAAAAAAAUGCUUGUACAGAUUUUAAGUAUGAUUUGUUUGCAGUAGUCAUUUUUUUUCUAUUAUCAUUUAUGAUAAUAUUUGUGAAACAUGCUUUAUAAAAUAUCCAAAACUCCCAUUUCCUCUAAUCUUAAAGUUUGACAUGAAUUACCUACCAAGUAUUUGUAUUGUGUUUGAAAUAUUUUACCGGCUGUAAAUAAGAAAAACCAAAUGAGGAAAAACCAGUGGCUUGUUUGGUCUUUCAUCAAUAAAUAAAAUAUGUUCAAAUAA